AUGUCGGCCACACACCGACACAACUCAAGACUCCAAAAUGCUUCGGUCACAUCUCUCCGUCGUGGUCCCCAAAGAAGAGACAGCGGCCGUCGCAGCGAUGGCUCAGUCACAUCUUCAGGCCGCGAGUCCAUCGGCACCGGUCUGACCGAGCCGCCUGCCUACUCCAAGAAAUUUGUUGUCGUCGGUGACGGCGGCUGCGGCAAGACUUGUCUGUUGAUCAGCUACAGCCAGGGUGUCUUCCCUGAGAAAUACGUCCCCACAGUCUUCGAAAACUACAUCACCCACUGCGAACACAAGCCCUCGGGCAAGAUUGUCGAACUCGCCCUCUGGGACACGGCUGGACAAGAAGAGUAUGAUAGACUGCGCCCUCUCUCGUACCCCGAGACCGACUUGCUCUUCGUUUGCUUCGCCAUCGAUUGCCCAAACUCGCUUGAGAAUGUUAUGGACAAGUGGUACCCUGAAGUUCUCCACUUCUGCCCGACCACUCCCAUUAUCCUGCUUGGUCUCAAGUCCGACUUGCGCAACAAGCGCACCUGUAUCGACCUCCUCAAGACCCAAGGACUUACUCCCGUCACGACCCACCAAGGCCAGGCUGUCGCCAAGAAGAUGGGUGCCCUUUACAUGGAGUGCAGUAGUAAAGAAAUGACCGGUGUGCAUGAGAUCUUCGAAGCCGCCAUCAACACCGUCGUCGCCGAGGCUGAGGGUCUGAAUCCCAGUCCUCCUGCCAGCCGUGGUAGUCUCACUGCUGGAAACUCAUCCUCGCAACAACCUCAACAGAAACGCCCCCAGACCUCCAGCAGACCUUCGGACAAUCCCACCCCAAUGAUUGCUCCCAGCAAGAAGAAGAAGAGAAAGGCUUGUCUGAUUUUGUGA